AUGACAACAUCUUCUCCCCCACCUCUGAAUGAACACCCCAGACCUACCAAAGACGAAGGCGAGGGCAGGACCAGACUGUUUUUUGACGAGGUCAUUAGACGUGGCGUCCUUUUCAAUGCCGAAAGACCCAAACAUCCAGAAGCCCAGAUCAUUGUGCCACGCCAAGUCAGCUUCUCCUCCUUGCCAGAGUCUGGCCUCACAGACCACCAACUUAUCCAUGAAUUCAUAUCCAUCAUUGCGGAGAGUACUAAAUCGAAUUCUCCAAACUUUUUGGGAUCUUCUGAUGCUGCAAUGUGCCCUGCUGCAAUGGGGGCAGCCCUCUUGAUACCACUUCUGAACCAAAACAUGGCGGACCCAGAGACUUGUCCACCAAGAGCGACGUUUGUUGAGAUGGAAGUCAUACACUGGCUACGUGUGGCGCUUGGAUAUCCUGUACUUGGAGCUUACACCAGAGCCAUGGAUGUCGGCGGAAUCUUUACGCCUGGCGGAUGUCUCUCAAAUACUGUCGCGCUUUUGGCUGCGAGAGAAAAGUGUUUCCCCGGAUCACGCUUGAUCGGUAUUCCAGUGCUGCCGAGCAAGAUCCGUGUGUUGGUACCAGAUAUCACAGAGAAUCACUCAAUACGCUCAGCCAUUGCGAUGAUGUCCCUUGGAGAAGAGAAUGCCACACCCGUUCCCGUCAAUGCUGAGUGUCAUAUGGAUCAAGAAGCUUUAAAACGGAUUAUCGACCAAGAGGGGAAAUUGGGGAAUAUCGUCAUGGCCUGUGUUGCAUAUGCAGGUGAUCCAACGUUUAUGAGGAUCGACGAUUUACAUGGUCUAUCGCAGAUCCUCCAAGAGAAAGAUAUCUGCUGCGAGGCAUUGAAAAAAGCAGAUUCGAUCACGGUUGAUCCGCAGCAAGCAAUGCUAAUUCCCUACGACUGCUCUUUGGUCCUUUUUCGAGAGCCCAGUACCCAAGCCGCCUUGUCAACCGACCGAGACUCAGUCUCCAACGCGCAGUGGUCGUUUGGGGGUACUGGACCCUUCACUGGAUCUAGAGCUUUUAAUUCAUUGAAGAUUUGGUCCUCGAUCAAAAGUCAUGGAAAGAACAGCAUGGGACGGAUGAUUGAUGACAGACUUGAACUCACCAACGCGAUCCAGUUGGAAGUUCAACACCGGCCAAACCUCCUACUUCUGGGCAGAACCGACAUCAACUCCUGCAUGUUAAUAUACGUCCCUGCGAGUGUGCAGCGAUACUGUCUUGAACAAAACAUUUGUCUCUCAGACGCAGACUUGGAGAAAGUCAACCAGCUGAAUCUACACAUCCAAGAUAUAAUCCACCGAGAACGUGUUUACUAUAUCCAUGGGUUUCCUCUGCAACACUGCCCGCAUAGCCGCUUCAUCGAGCCGGGAAAGAGAGUCUUUGUCCUACGGACCUUGAAUGGGAAUCCUCAAUCAACCAUAGAUAAUGUGAGAGGACUGCUGGACAGAAUCGAAAACUUGGGACGGUUUCUUCUCAUAGAUCGCCAGUACAUAUGUAUGGGAGACACUGCUAGCUCGCCAACAAAUCGUCUACAAAGAGCUGAAAGAAAGCUAACUCAGAAGCUGUAUGAUUUAUUCGACAACAAUGACUUUGUAGCUGUUAUCUACGGCUCUUCCGCGCUUCAAAAUAACGCUAUACUGUCGAACAUCGAUCUAAUGAUAUUUGCUCACAGCGCUGAGUCCUCGAAAAUAAAAAAAGUCGUCUCAAUUUUCCGCUCUGUGAUGGAAGCAGAAAGAAUCCUGAUCGACUUUGAGAUUCCCCUUCACCGAAGACUUCUAGUAACAUUUGAAUUUGCUAGCCAAGCUGCAGAGUCUGGACCUCCUUUGGACGAAACGGGACAUGUGUCAAGCAUCUGUGACACGCCAGAGUAUUUUUCAUCUGACGAGAUGUUGCGAAGAUUGGCAUUCAACGUGCUUACAACUCCGAAUAAGAUCAUCGCAGCCACGACCGGCGGUACUAAUAGACUCAAGAGUCUAGAGACGACGGCAGCCAGAAAGCUGUUGACCACGAUUCAGCAUCUGAGACGGUCCGAAGUUAGUACGGCGGAUGAGUUUGUGAAUCGCGUAAUGUCAGAUGGUGGUCGGGGGGAGGGAAAACAUCUUGGCUAUAAGCCAGGAGGGGAUGUCAUGAAGAAGCUUCGUAAGAUCUUUCAGGAUGUACAAAACACUCCGCUUGAGUGA